AUGUCAGGGCUCCAGAACGUCAAGGCUCAUGAACGAAGAAAUCAGCAUCGCUUAGGGCUGCAGCGGGAAGGCCUCGAAACUGAGGGCUUGCUGAGAAACUGUCAAGGCAUUCGCAUAGGCACUGGCGUGGCACCGGAGUUGGACGACAUUGAAGAUGCCUUGCGUGUGUGGCAGAAUGCUGGAUUCCUGCAGACCUCCCAUGAGGACCCCUCCGCGACCUCGCGACAGUUUUUCUUCUGUUUCCAAGGCGACAGCCUCAUACUCAAAUCUGAGAAAUGUCUGCGUCUGUUUCGGCAAGGCGAGGCGUGCAUGGCUUGCUUGGACACAGCUGCACACCGGGACCUUCGCCUCCAGGCCAUCAAAUGGACAUCGAGGAUACAUCUGGCAAACUAUGGCCAUGCUCUGGCUCAUGGCACAAGACAAGAACGCGCGCAGAUGCGCGCGGAGCUCCGCUUGCGAGAUGUGUACAAGACUCGGCCGGGAUGUUUGGAGAUUGAACCUAUCCUCAAGGAGAAGCAGGAAGCCUACCAGCUGCAGUUGAUUAAGCACCGCUGGCAGUCGAUCCGCAUGGACUGGCGCACAAGCCGGCUGCAGGCCUACAUUGAUGCGAACAUUGCUACCCUUCCGCUGCAGGCUGCCAGAGAGGAACAACGAGAUAUCCUCAGGACACUCACCUCCAAGUUCGCCGACGCUGUGGAGGAGGGCACUGUGCGACAGGAGAACUUCGUGCUGGCCAGUCGCGUGGCAUCGGGGGAGCUGGAUGGUAAUGCCGUGGUCUCAUGCUUGCUGCGCAGCUUCAUGCGGAAGCAGGAGCGUGCCAGCCGGGGCAUUGUUCAGAACAGUGGGAAGCUGGUGGAUGCAGAGACGCUGGCAGAACUUACUUACAGUUUCGGCAGGGGCCAGCCUGCCAAAGCCUUGCUGUCCUAUUUCGGCAUAUCAGUGAAACCUGCCUCCAUAAACUUCAACAUCCCCACGCUCCCCAUGUUUUUCAUGGCCCACAAGUCUGCAGAGAAGCUUGCGAGGACAGGUGUUUUGCACAUUUUGCACUGA